UGCUACAUUUGUGAUGAACAAGGAAGAGAAAGCAAAGCAGCCACUGGUGCUUGCAUGACAUGUAAUAAACAUGGAUGUCGACAGGCUUUCCAUGUAACAUGCGCUCAGUUUGCCGGACUGCUUUGUGAAGAAGAAGGUAAUGGUGCCGAUAAUGUCCAAUACUGUGGCUACUGUAAAUACCAUUUUAGUAAGCUGAAAAAGAGCAAACGGGGAUGUAAUAGGUCAUAUGAUCAAAGUUUAAGUGAUUCUUCCUCUCACUCUCAGGAUAAACAUCAUGAGAAAGAGAAAAAAAAAUAUAAAGAGAAGGACAAACACAAACAAAAACACAAGAAGCAGCCCGAACCAUCACCUGCAUUGGUUCCAUCCCUGACUGUUACUACAGAAAAAACUUAUACAAGCACUAGCAACAACUCUAUAUCUGGAUCACUGAAGCGCUUGGAAGAUACUACUGCACGAUUUACAAAUGCAAAUUUCCAGGAAGUCUCUGCACACACCUCUAGUGGAAAAGAUGUUUCAGAGACUAGAGGGUCAGAGGGCAAAGGGAAGAAAUCUUCAGCUCACAGCUCAGGUCAAAGGGGAAGAAAGCCUGGUGGUGGAAGAAAUCCAGGAACAACUGUGUCAGCAGCUAGCCCUUUUCCUCAAGCAGGAUAUAAGCGGGCUCAAACUUCUGGCAUAGAAGAAGAAACUGUAAAGGAAAAGAAAAGGAAAGGAAAUAAACAAAGUAAGCAUGGACCUGGUAGACCCAAAGGAAACAAAAAUCAAGAGAAUGUUUCUCAUCUCUCAGUUUCUUCUGCUUCACCAACAUCAUCUGUAGCAUCAGCUGCAGGAAGCAUAACAAGCUCUAGUCUGCAGAAGUCUCCUACAUUGCUCAGGAAUGGAAGUUUACAGAGCCUUAGUGUUGGCUCAUCUCCAGUUGGUUCAGAAAUUUCCAUGCAGUAUCGGCAUGAUGGAGCUUGCCCAACAACUACGUUCUCAGAGUUGCUGAAUGCAAUACACAAUGGUAUUUAUAACAGCAAUGAUGUAGCAGUAUCAUUUCCAAAUGUAGUAUCUGGCUCGGGAUCUAGUACUCCUGUCUCCAGCUCUCACUUACCUCAGCAGUCUUCUGGGCAUUUGCAACAAGUAGGAGCACUCUCUCCCUCAGCGGUGUCAUCUGCAGCCCCUGCUGUUGCUACAACUCAGGCAAAUACCCUAUCUGGAUCUUCGCUUAGUCAGGCACCGUCUCUUAUGUAUGGCAAUAGAUUAAAUCCAAAUUCAUCAAUGGCAGCUCUUAUAGCUCAGUCUGAAAACAAUCAAACAGAUCAAGAUCUUGGAGACAAUAGCCGCAACCUAGUUGGCAGAGGAAGCUCACCCCGAGGAAGUCUCUCGCCACGAUCCCCUGUAAGCAGCUUACAGAUUCGCUAUGAUCAACCAGGCAACAGCAGUUUGGAAAAUCUGCCUCCAGUAGCAGCCAGCAUAGAACAGCUUUUGGAGAGGCAGUGGAGUGAAGGACAGCAGUUUUUAUUAGAACAGGGUACUCCUAGUGACAUUUUAGGAAUGCUGAAGUCAUUACACCAACUUCAAGUUGAAAACCGAAGAUUAGAGGAACAAAUUAAAAACUUGACUGCCAAAAAGGAACGGCUUCAGUUAUUGAAUGCACAGCUUUCAGUGCCUUUUCCAACAAUUACAGCAAAUCCUAGUCCUUCUCAUCAAAUACACACAUUUUCAGCACAGACUGCUCCUACUACUGAUUCCUUGAACAGCAGUAAGAGCCCUCAUAUAGGAAACAGCUUUUUACCUGAUAAUUCUCUUCCUGUAUUAAAUCAGGACUUAACCUCCAGUGGACAAAGCACCAGCAGCUCAUCAGCUCUUUCUACCCCACCUCCUGCUGGGCAGAGUCCGGCUCAACAAGGCUCAGGAGUGAGUGGAGUUCAGCAGGUCAAUGGUGUGACAGUGGGGGCACUAGCUAGUGGAAUGCAGCCUGUAACUUCCACCAUUCCUGCCGUGUCUGCAGUGGGUGGAAUAAUUGGAGCUUUGCCAGGUAACCAACUGGCAAUUAAUGGCAUUGUAGGAGCUUUAAAUGGGGUUAUGCAGACUCCUGUCACAAUGUCCCAGAACCCUACCCCUCUCACUCACACAACUGUACCACCUAAUGCAACACAUCCAAUGCCAGCUACACUGACUAACAGUGCCUCAGGACUAGGAUUACUUUCUGACCAGCAAAGACAAUUACUUAUUCAUCAACAGCAGUUUCAGCAGUUGUUAAAUUCUCAACAGCUCACACCAGAACAACAUCAAGCCUUUUUGUAUCAGUUAAUGCAACAUCACCACCAGCAGCACCACCAGCCUGAACUUCAGCAGCUGCAGAUCCCUGGACCAACACAAAUACCCAUCAACAACCUUCUUGCAGGUACACAGGCACCCCCACUUCACACAGCUACCGCCAACCCAUUUCUCACAAUCCAUGGAGAUAAUACAAGUCAGAAAGUAGCAAGACUUAGUGAUAAAACCGGGCCUGUAGCUCAAGAGAAAAGUUGACACCUGAGAAACAUCUAGAAAUUGCCUGUCCUGCUGUUCUAGCACUUCAUCUGGCUGCCUUUGCAGUCCUUUUACUACAGCUAUGAAGAAAUGCAACAAGAAACUUAAUGCACAACAAAGGAUUAAUUGCCGCAAGGACAUUCUUGUAAGGCUUUGAUCAGUUUUCUUGUUGCUUUGUUGCACUGAAAUGGAAUUCCCAUGCCCCUACCCCUUACCCCAAUUUUUUGAACAUGGAAAGAAAAUUUAAUACGUUUUUAAAGUGAUAUAAUUUACAUGCAAUAUGUUUAUCAACUCAAGAAUAUAGUUGGUACACAACUAGGUUUAUAAAUUGGAGAUACGAAUAGCAAAACUAAAUACUUGUUCCAUUUACAAACUACUUGAUUUUAUUGUACAAGUUGAAAUAUGCUCUUUUGUUUGGGUUACAGUAUGCUUGCUCUAAGUCAAAUUCCAAGGAACUAAUUUCUUCUGGAGUUCCAUUGAUUCAAUAUUACAAAUAUAUAGCGCAUCACCUGGGACUUGGCAAUCUUUGUUAAAAAAUAUUUCCUUUCUAAUGGGAUUUAGCCAGUUUUGGUAAUCAAGUUAGGAUGGUAAUGUCUGCAUCUGCUAAAGGUAAUUUUCUUUUGAGAAUUGCUUUCUUUAGUGUUAAGAGCUACUCAUAUUUUAAAGAAACCUUGAGUUAACUGAGUUCUGAGGCUGCUGGGGGAACCAGAUCAAUUCAAAGCGAAAUAUUUCUUUCAGAAAGGGGCCGCUCUGGAAAGUGCUGGUGGGGUUUGCCCUUGAUCAAGUGCCUCCAUUGUGCUGCAAGGGCUCUAGACAGCAGGGUGGGACAGUCAGUCCUCCGAGCAGCAGGAAUCAUCCCUUCACACCUGCAGCCUUCCCAUGCUUCCGCCUUUAUUCAGAACUUUCUGUGCCACUGUAGAUAGCUCAGGCAAAACUAUUACCUGGGUAUUUAUCCACUAAUGAGUCACAAGAAAAGGAGUGGAUUUGGUAAGAAUAGAGAGUUGUUUUAUUUUAACCACUUCCCAUUACUGACCAUUAAAACAAAAGCUCACCACUAGAGUUCCUGAAAACAGGUGAAACCUGUAUGACAGCCCUUCCACUUUGGGGAGCCACACUUUUGAUGUGACAGUACCGCAGAGUGAUCCACCAUGGGGGAUGUAAUCACCAAACUGUUCUUUGGUGUGUGAAUUAUUAGUGGAAAAGACCCAGCUGUAAUUAGACCUCCACUGUGUACUUAGCUGGAAGAACAUGUUAAUUCUGCAAUAUGUCUCUUGGUUAAACAUUGCACAGUUCUUACCUCAUUUCUGUAAAUAAAGUUUUGUGAAUCUGUUUUGUAUUGUGAAAAAUUCAUAAGAUAACAUUGAUAUUUUGAUUUGUAAUAUUUCUAAUUGGUAGAUUUAAUUGAAAAGUAAAAUUAAUUUAUUUUUAUAUGUUCAGGGGAAUUUUAAAGUCAAGUAUUUUGUAGAUAAUUUAAAAAAUCAGUGUGGUUUAUUUUACUUAUUUAACCCACUGGUUGUUAUUCUGUAACAGUUUGUAUAAAUGGUAAAUUUUGAAUGUGUUGUUAUUUUACCUAGAUGUAAAAUUCCACAUGUAUUAAAGUGUACAAAGUUUUGUUAAUAAAAUUUAAUAAUGUUUAUAA